AAGAGACCUGUUGAUAAUGAUGAUAGUGUGAAUAAAAAGCAGAGAAAGUAUCGUAAGGUAGGUACAUAUAGCCUGUGCCUUUACUAUCUAAUCUCCCUAGGACGGUUCUGUUGUAAAUUUCAAGACAUUCAGUCCACCGGAAGGACCAGGUAUAUUUAUCACUUGCGUUCGAGGUAAAGAGAAGCAAGCGUUGAACGAUAUAUUAGAUAUAUUAAAUGAAAUUUGUGAUAGGCACUUCCCAGAUUUGAAAGUACAAUCAAAGAAAGCUGAAGUGAUAAAAGAAACAGACAAUAAAGAGGAGACACCUGAAGUAGCUGAGAAUGACAUUAAAGCUCAACUAGCUCAAGAAUUGAGUGAAAUGAACGAUAAGAAGAAGGUUGAUAACUCAGCCAAACGGUUUGUAAAUCAUCAAACAAACACGCAAUGUUUGAUAUACCUCGAAGUGAGAAAACCGUUCGAUCCGAUAGCAAUAGUAAAAGCAUACCUCAAUGAGGUUAUAGAGACUGGGAAGAUGAGAACUAAAUAUAUACAAAGAUUGACACCAAUAUCACACCUCUCACACGCUACGGAAGCUGCAUUUGAAGCACUGUGUGGUAUGAUCUGUCAAAGUCAUCUAUCUAAGGGUGACGAAGAGGGUAAAGGUAGAAAGUAUCGCAUAGAAUUAGGUAAACGCUCGCAUAAUACACUCAAGCGUGACGAUAUUAUUCAGACAGUCGUCGAUUCAAUCAAUUCACCGCAUAAGAUAGAUCUCAGUAAUCCAGAUAGAUGGGUAAUAGUCGAGAUAUUCAAAGGUGUAGCUGGUGUUUCAGUCGUCUCCGAAUACGACAAGUAUAGAAAGUUCAAUCCAUUUUCGUUAAUAGAAGCCAAAAACAAAGGGGAAGAUAAGCGAGACGAAUUGUAGAAUUUUAUUAGUGUAUAGUCUAUGGUGGUGCUAUCUACUCUGCUUUGUUUGAUGAACCAAUGCUCUUCUCAGCUUGUUUUACAGAUGCAGCGUCUGAUUUGACGUCGUCACCCAUGCCGAAUGGGUUUGCAGCCUUCCAUGGGCGCUUGAGGUCACCCUUUGCUUCAUUUCCAAAGAUCCAGACCUUGGCUGGCUUCGAAUCGAAGACAUUCUUGACACCGAGAAUACCUUGGAUGAACAAUGGCUGGGUGUACUUCAAGUAGCCGUGCAAGAAUGCCAUCAUGGCCAAUGAAGUGAACAAACCCUUAAUUAAUUUGGAAGUUUCUUGUAAGUCGUAGUCACGGUUUGUUGUCGUGAUCAAUUGUGGUUCUUCUUGUGACAUUGGUGAAGCUGGUUCUGUGUACUUGAGUACAGUCGUGUCAUUCUUUGCUCUAAUCUUCGAUGCUAUCCAUUGAUAUACUAAAAAGCUGAUAGCCAUACUAGCGACAUAUCCAAUUCUGACUGCCAACAAGACGUUCUCAUCCUCGAAGGGAAUCUUACGAGCGACUUGCAUAAGUCCUAAACUAACUACUAGAUUUAAAAUUGCUGGAUUCAUCUUUUCUUGGAAGCGACGAUGAAAGAGUAUGACGCUGAGAAAUCAUCGAUUUAUACCGAAGACAGUAACAAAUUCAAGCGUCAUUUCAACCAUUUCGUUGAUAAAUCUUCCAAGUUUGGCCUCGAAGUUAGAGGUAUUCAGCCAGUCACCUUAGAGGAGAGAACACAUGGUAUUGGUGCUUUACUCAACAUUGCUUCGAUAUGGCUAAGCGCAAAUUCUACUGUUUUGACGCUCUCUACUGGUGGUUUGGGUCCUAGCAGCUUUUACUUAAGCGCUAGGGAUAGUUGCCUCACUAUCCUCUUCUUCAAUUUACUUGGAAAUCUUCUGCCUUCUUAUCUAGGCACGUUCGGUCCAAAGUUAGGCAUGAGACAGAUGUGCAUUACCCGCUACUCAUUUGGCUAUUACCCUGUUAUACUAGUCUGUCUUCUCAAUCUGAUCGGUAUGAUCGGUUUCUGCAGUCUGAACGCUGUUUCUGGUGGUCAGGUACUCUCAGCAGUUUCGAACGGUUCACUUAAUUGGAAUGUCGGUAUCGUUAUUAUUGCAGUCAUCGCUUUGAUCGUUUCUUUCGCUGGUUUCAAGUUCUUGCACACUUUCGAGAGAUACGCCUGGAUGGUCAUCACAGUUAUGUUCAUUUUCGUUGCAGGAUGUGCUGGCAGACAUCUUGACGCGAUAUAUAGCGUGCCUUUUGAUCCUGCCACCCCAGGUGCUAUUCUCAGCUUCGGAGCUGUGGUUUUGGGAUAUGGUAUGACAUGGGCACCACUAGCAUCUGAUUUCUCUGCCUAUCUUCCUCCGGAAACUAAGUCAUGGAAGGUUUUCUUAUGCAACUACAUCGGUCUGAAUUUACCACUUAUUUCUCUCCAAUGCUUUGGUGCAAUUGUUCAAGUUGGCGCGAUGGCAAUUCCAGAAUGGACUGAUGGAUAUGAGCAGAAUGGAUUAGGUGGAUUAUUGGAUGCCAUUAUGACCCCUUUGAAAGGCUUCAGGAAGUUUGUUCUCGUCGUGCUCGCUUUGGGCAUCUCUAGCAACAAUGCUCCUACGAUAUACAGUUGCAGUCUGACUCUUCAGACUUUCCUUCCUAUUCUACUCUACGUACCUCGCUUCUUGCUCUCCACCCUCGCUACUGGAGUUUAUCUCCCUAUUGCGAUCGUAAUCGCGACAAGAUUCCAAGAAGCACUUAACAAUUUCCUUUCAUGUCUUGGUUACUGGACAGCGCUUUUUGGAAGCAUUUUGAUUGUCGACCAUUUGUUAUUCAGGAAAGGCAACUUUGCGUCAUAUGAUAUCUCUCAAUGGGACAAUCCGAGGGGUUUGCCAAUGGGUAUAGCAGCUCUCAUUGCUGGUCUGAUCGGUUGCGGGAUUGUAGUCGUGUCGAUGGCCCAAAUCUGGUGGACUGGCCCAUUAGCAAGUGCAAUAGAUGGUGGUGGAGAUCUCGCAACUGAAUUAGGAUUUGUCGUUAGUGGAUUAGCUUACAUUCCACUUAAAUAUAUAGAACUACUUAUAGAGAAAAGGAUAAACUAUUAGAUAAACUUACUUAGAUUUCUUGGGAUUACUGGAUUUUCGUUUAAUUUUGUUUUCGUUAUGAAUGCAUUUCUGCAAUAUUUAUUAUCGUUAUCUUCCACAAAUGACUAACAAUAAA